AUGCAGAUAUUAAUUUUGUGGUCACUAUUGGGAUUGCUUGUGACCAAAGUCAGUGCUGCUACAACAACUAUUUCGGCACCUACAACCUUGUCAGGUGAUCAAACGUUUUCCGAUGCUAUCGUAAUUGAAUCAGGUGCUACUCUUGCAUUAGUAGCUGGUUCUUCAUAUUCUUUCAAUGGCAAUAUUGACGUUAAAGGUUCUUUAGACAUCGUCGGUGAUUCAACAAACGGGUUAACUAGUUUACAAUUUGGUUCUACUACAACAAUCACAAACAGUGGUAACAUCAACAUCGAAAAUAUUAAAUCAGCAGGUUCUGCCAGUGAUUUUGUUAUUGCACCUGCAAGUAUUGAUAACUCUGGUACAUUUACUGUCUCGCAAUUAAAUGCUGCUGCUACUGUGCCAGGUACUAACUUUACUCUAGCUCCAACUGGUUCCUUCAUUAACACAGGCACUAUUGACUAUGAUACAGCUGAUAAAGGUGGUACAACAAAUGGAUUCCUUUACCUUGGUACUAUAACUAAUAAUGGUGUCAUUAAGUCUGGCGGGUUUUCUUCAUUAACGGCCAUAAAUCAGACGCCUCUUAGCAGAUACGCUAUGAAAGGUAUCAUUUUUAAUAAUCCUAUAGAGGGUCAAGGUAAAGUUACUGGUAAUACGGGAGCUAUGGUUAUUCUUAACACAUAUACUUUAGGAGAACAAACUUUCGACAUUAAUAAAGGUCUGUAUUUGAUUAAUCCAGAAGUUGUACCAAGUUCAUUUAAGGUUGUGAAUUUUGUUGGAUCAGAGUUCGUUUUCUUAGGUAUGAAUUAUACCAAAUGGUCCAACGAGAAUUACGGCAGUCUAGCAAAUGUUGCAAACCUUAAUGUUGCACUAGAUGGUCGUCGUUACUGGUUUAAUGUAAGUUGCCCAGAUGGAUCAACAUGGAUGAGUGAGUCGUUUUCUGUUGAACAAUUAGAUCCUUCUUACCAAAUUCAUGGUUCUUAUAUGUACAUAGCACAAAUGUAUGAUGGUAUAUGUCCAUGGUUAUCUGGGGCAAUUACAAAGACAACAACAGUUACUACUGAGGAUUUCAUUACUGAAGCUACUACUAUUGCCACUGUAACAACAUCUACAACUAAUCAGUACGCAUAUACUGUCACUGAAAUUAUUUAUAAUGUUGCUGUGCCUGCAGCAUCUACCUUAUCCACCACCACUACUGGUUCAGUCACUGUCCCAACCACAUCGACCUUCACAACUGUAGUCACCAACAGCAACGGAUCAUCCUCUACUGAAGUUGUUGUUGUUGUGAUCACCCCAGCUCCAUCUACCUUGUCUACUACUACCACUGGCGAUGUCACUGUCCCAACCACAUCGACCUUCACAACUGUAGUCACCAACAGCAACGGAUCAUCCUCUACUGAAGUUGUUGUUGUUGUGAUCACCCCAGCUCCAUCUACCUUGUCUACUACUACCACUGGCGAUGUCACUGUCCCAACCACAUCGACCUUCACAACUGUAGUCACCAACAGCAACGGAUCAUCCUCUACUGAAGUUGUUGUUGUUGUGAUCACCCCAGCUCCAUCUACCUUGUCUACUACUACCACUGGCGAUGUCACUGUCCCAACCACAUCGACCUUCACAACUGUAGUCACCAACAGCAACGGAUCAUCCUCUACUGAAGUUGUUGUUGUUGUGAUCACCCCAGCUCCAUCUACCUUGUCUACUACUACCACUGGCGAUGUCACUGUCCCAACCACAUCGACCUUCACAACUGUAGUCACCAAUAGCAACGGAUCAUCCUCUACUGAAGUUGUUGUUGUUGUGAUCACCCCAGCCGCAUCUGGUUCUGUUAUUUCUACAACCGCUACUGGUGCUGUUACUGCCCCAACCACAUCAACCUACACCACUGUAGUCACCAACAGCAACGGAUCAUCCUCUACUGAAGUUGUUGUUGUUGUGAUCACCCCAGCCGCAUCUGGUUCUGUUAUUUCUACAACUGCUACUGGUGCUGUUACUGCCCCAACCACAUCGACCUUCACAACUGUAGUCACCAACAGCAACGGAUCAUCCUCUACUGAAGUUGUUGUUGUUGUGAUCACCCCAGCUCCAUCUACCUUGUCUACUACUACCACUGGCGAUGUCACUGUCCCAACCACAUCGACCUUCACAACUGUAGUCACCAACAGCAACGGAUCAUCCUCUACUGAAGUUGUUGUUGUUGUGAUCACCCCAGCCGCAUCUGGUUCUGUUAUUUCUACAACUGCUACUGGUGCUGUUACUGCCCCAACCACAUCGACCUUCACAACUGUAGUCACCAACAGCAACGGAUCAUCCUCUACUGAAGUUGUUGUUGUUGUGAUCACCCCAGCUCCAUCUACCUUGUCUACUACUACCACUGGCGAUGUCACUGUCCCAACCACAUCGACCUUCACAACUGUAGUCACCAACAGCAACGGAUCAUCCUCUACUGAAGUUGUUGUUGUUGUGAUCACCCCAGCCGCAUCUGGUUCUGUUAUUUCUACAACUGCUACUGGUGCUGUUACUGCCCCAACCACAUCAACCUACACCACUGUAGUCACCAACAGCAACGGAUCAUCCUCUACUGAAGUUGUUGUUGUUGUGAUCACCCCAGCCGCAUCUGGUUCUGUUAUUUCUACAACUGCUACUGGUGCUGUUACUGCCCCAACCACAUCGACCUUCACAACUGUAGUCACCAACAGCAACGGAUCAUCCUCUACUGAAGUUGUUGUUGUUGUGAUCACCCCAGCUCCAUCUACCUUGUCUACUACUACCACUGGCGAUGUCACUGUCCCAACCACAUCGACCUUCACAACUGUAGUCACCAACAGCAACGGAUCAUCCUCUACUGAAGUUGUUGUUGUUGUGAUCACCCCAGCCGCAUCUGGUUCUGUUAUUUCUACAACCGCUACUGGUGCUGUUACUGCCCCAACCACAUCAACCUACACCACUGUAGUCACCAACAGCAACGGAUCAUCCUCUACUGAAGUUGUUGUUGUUGUGAUCACCCCAGCCGCAUCUGGUUCUGUUAUUUCUACAACUGCUACUGGUGCUGUUACUGCCCCAACCACAUCGACCUUCACAACUGUAGUCACCAAUAGCAACGGAUCAUCCUCUACUGAAGUUGUUGUUGUUGUGAUCACCCCAGCUCCAUCUACCUUGUCUACUACUACCACUGGCGAUGUCACUGUCCCAACCACAUCGACCUUCACAACUGUAGUCACCAACAGCAACGGAUCAUCCUCUACUGAAGUUGUUGUUGUUGUGAUCACCCCAGCCGCAUCUGGUUCUGUUAUUUCUACAACUGCUACUGGUGCUGUUACUGCCCCAACCACAUCGACCUUCACAACUGUAGUCACCAACAGCAACGGAUCAUCCUCUACUGAAGUUGUUGUUGUGAUCACCCCAGCUCCAUCUACCUUGUCUACUACUACCACUGGCGAUGUCACUGUCCCAACCACAUCGACCUUCACAACUGUAGUCACCAAUAGCAACGGAUCAUCCUCUACUGAAGUUGUUGUUGUUGUGAUCACCCCAGCUCCAUCUACCUUGUCUACUACUACCACUGGCGAUGUCACUGUCCCAACCACAUCGACCUUCACAACUGUAGUCACCAACAGCAACGGAUCAUCCUCUACUGAAGUUGUUGUUGUUGUGAUCACCCCAGCCGCAUCUGGUUCUGUUAUUUCUACAACUGCUACUGGUGCUGUUACUGCCCCAACCACAUCAACCUACACCACUGUUGUCACUAACAGCAACGGAUCAUCGUCUCUCAUAUACCAAAACUUCACUAUCCCUAAUGAAAGAAUGGAAUCUACUUUGAGUAACACUUUAGUUGUUUUAACUACGGUUGUUAAUGGAGUUACUAUGACAACAACUUAUUGUCCAGAACCAUCUGAAACUUCCGGAACAAGUAUGACUGCUAUCAUUGGACAUAGUUUUAUUGAAUCUGUUUAUUCAAGGAACCAACAAGAUGAGACUAACUCAUUUUCUGCUGUGUCUAAUGCCACUCCAGUUAUUUCCAUUGCACCCACCACAACUGGUCCAGUGUUUACCAACAAUGAAAAUCAUCCAACAUCUAGAAACUUUAAAGGAUCUAGCACUGCAGUAGGUAAUGGUGAAUCUAGAAAACCAGGAACAUCAGCAUCUACAAUGGCGCCACAAAUCUCCCAAUAUGUUUCUGAGCAACCAUCAUCAUCACCAAAAGCUAUGACACUAUCUCAUGGAGGUACACCUUCUCUUGUAUCAUAUGAAGGUAAGGGUAGUACCAUAUAUAUGAAGUGGAGUGUUGCUCAUUUCAUUGGGUUAUUAUUAUUUAUUAUUAUUUAA